GAAGCACUCGCCGGGAUCUCCUCUCGCCGCAUCUCUCAUUGUUUAAGCGUGACCACAAACAUCCCCACAAUCACAUCGCCGUCGUCACCACCGUCCUCCUCCUCGUCGACAUGGUCGGAAGCAGCCCGAUGCAGGCGGUGCUGGUGGCGCCGGGCGUCAAGGACAAGAAGGUCAUCGCCUUCAAGCGCGACGCGCUCAAGGAGAAGGACGCCGUGUCCGCGCUCAUGCGCACCAUCUCCGCGCCCGGCAGCGGCGUGCGCAGCGCCUUCUACGUCUUCGACCUCGCCCGCGUCGUCGACCUGCACCGCGCCUGGCGCCGCGCGCUCGCCGGCGUGCGCCCCUGCUACGCCGUCAAGUGCAACCCGGAGCCGGCGCUCCUCGGCGCGCUCGCCACGCUCGGGGCCGGCUUCGACUGCGCCAGCCGCAGGGAGAUCGAGGCGGUGCUCGCACUGGGCGUCGAGCCCAGCAGCAUCGUGUACGCCAACCCGUGCAAGCCCGAGGCGCACCUCGAGUACGCGGCGGAGGUGGGCGUUAACCUCACCACCUACGACUCCGAGGAGGAGGUGGCCAAGAUCAAGCGCUGCCACCCGAACUGCGACCUCGUGCUCCGCAUCAAGGGCCCCGACGGCGGCGACGUGCGCGUGGACCUCGGCGCCAAGUACGGCGCGCACGCCGACGAGGUCCUCCCGCUCCUCCGCGCCGCACAGCGCGCGGGGCUCAACGUGGCGGGUGUCUCCUUCCACGUCGGCAGCGGCGCGGCCAACACGGACGUGUACCGCGGCGCCAUCGAGGCCGCACGGAACGUCUUCGACCAGGCCCUCGCCCUCGGCAUGCCGCCCAUGCGCGUGCUCGACAUCGGGGGCGGCUUCAUGGCCGGGCCGGCCUUCGACGAGGCCGCCACGGUCAUCAACGCCGCCCUCGACCGAUACUUCGGGGACCUGGCGCCCUGCGUGGAGGUGAUCGGCGAGCCCGGGAGGUACUUCGCCGAGACGGCCUUCACCAUGGCGGCGCGCGUCAUCGGGAAGCGCACGCGCGGCGAGGUGCGCGAGUACUGGAUCGACGACGGCCUCUACGGCACCCUCAGCUGCAUCCCCAUGGACCACUACGUGCCGCGCCCGAGGCCCCUCGCCGCGCCGCGCGCCGGCGACAAGACGUACGCCUCCACCGUGUUCGGCCCGACCUGCGACUCCCUCGACACCGUGGUCACCGGCUACCAGCUGCCGGAGAUGAGCGUGGGGGACUGGCUCGUCUUCGACGACAUGGGCGCCUACACCACCGCCUCCGGCUCCAACUUCAACGGCUUCUCCACGUCCGACAUCAACAUCUACUAUGCAUACUCCAGCUGAGCCAGAUACUACGUGAUGUGGACAACAAGUGUACGUAGCAAACGCUAGUAUUGGAUUUGUUUUACUCGCUUAUUAUACAAAACGGUGUACUAAGCUCGUACAAAAAUGUACGUACGUGCUUUCUUGAUUCUAAUUUUCUGAGUAUUAGGUAUACACAUGUAUCCGAUGUUGAAAUUAUUUGUUUGUUCCUGAAAAGAGGUUCUACAGUAUACGCAACGCGUCUAUGUAUGCCAUGUUCUCGCCGUUGUAAAUAUACAAUUACAAUCGUAAAGCACUUCAUAGUAAAGCAAA